AUGCUAAUACCACAUAGAACGACGCAGACUAACAAUGGUGGGCAUGGUAAGAUUUUUUUUAUUUUAAAAAAAAUUUUUGACCCACCUUUGAAAAAUUUUUUUAAAAAUUUGUCAUUUUACAUUAGGUUGUUAAAAUAAUUCCGAGCCCCUUCUCAAAGCAUCUUUUUAAGGUUAGGGGGCGCAGAAUUACUUGAAAAACAAUAAUUUAAAAUUUCGAAAAAAUUUGAAAAAAAAACUUUUUUUUUGAAAAUUUUUGUUUUUGAACCUCUCGUUGAAAAAUACCCGUCCAACACUGCUUUUUCCUAACUUCAUUAACACUUUAUGAAGGAUGUUUAAAACUGUGCAAAAGGUAUUUUGACUAUAAUUUUUCAGUACGUCUCAAGUUAUACUUGCCAGAAGACACCUCACCCAGUCCGUCCAACGUUCUCCCAGCCAAAACUCCAUUGACAGAAGAUCAUGCUAACGAUGAGAGUGAUCUGCUGGACGAAAACAAUUUUUACAAUUCUCUCAACAAGUUUUUCGUAAGAUAAUUUUACUUCUUGGCUUCGGCUCCUCUACUACUCUACUCUUUACUUUAGGCUGGUUGUAAAAUGCCAUUUCUUUUUAAAUAGUACCAUAGGGCUCAAAAAGAAUUAAAAACUGAUUUUUGACACUUUUUUAGAUAAUAUUUUCUAAAUUUCAGUGUACUGUAAAGACGCUAAGUCGAAUGGCAUUGUUCUACAAUGUGAUACAGCUGAUUCUGGUUGUUACAAUACCACAUUUGCUGUUGGCAGCACUGUGCUUUGGUUGUACGGUAGUAUCUAAACAACAAGCCAGACAUAACAGAUUACCGGUGUUACCUAUUGUUAUAUAUUCCGUGAGUAAUUGGAGCUAGACUACAGUAAUUAGUAUACUAUAAUUUGUCUUACCCAACCUUAACAUGCUCUACCCUACCCUACCCUACUUUACCCUACCUUACCCUACCCUAUCCUAUCUUUCCCUACCCUACCUUACUCUACCUUUCCCUACCGUACCUUAUAAUAUUUUACCUUUUCAGUUAAUGACAUGUAUAUUAUUCUCCGUCACCCUCUACGAGCUCUGGCCGGUUACUGUAACAAAACCCGAGCAACUCUACAGUUUCUCAGAGCUGGCUUGUGCCCCAACCAGGUCAUGCAUCCACUUCUUCCAACAUACCACACCCACGAAUCAACGUAUCCAACUGGGAUGGAGCAUUAUUGACAUGAUCAACUUUACCCGCAAAACGUCACUAUUGAUUAUUCUGAUCCAUUUGAAGGUAUUCGCAUUCAUCUUCAUGUCAAUCUCAUCCAUCUUGUUAUUGUUUUUGUUGGCCGAAGAGAGGUUUGGCCAUGAAAUUGUGAAAAAGUUGGGCAGUAACAGGUACAAGAUAGCUAGAGUAGUAUUCUAUGUUGCAUUGACGGUUGUUUGGUUGUUGUACAUAUGUUAUCCAUUGGUAUUUUAUUGA